AGGGUGGGGAACAAGUAUGAGAACACCCACGGCUAGGCCGGGCAAGAAUAAGGAUGCUUGAAGUUAUCGAGGCAGGAUUUGGGAGCACAUGGCAGGUUGUCCCGUGGACUUUCAUACUGCCUGACUACCCCCUUGUUCUGACAAGCUGAAUCUCCAAGGGAAGAGCUGCCUCCCCGCUUCCCCUCUCCAUCCCUGUUGCUGCCGGGGUAACCCGUGGCUUCCCCACCACCCAGCAGCUGGGAUGAGUGAGAGCAGAGCCAGGGCGGGGGGGUGCUAAUGGCAGCCCUGUUAGCAUUGAUGAGGGGCACCUGGAGGGUGGGGAGGACCUACAAGAAGGAGCAAAGGGGCAGGAGCCCUACUCGAGGUGCUUCCUAGGGAGCAGCAGAAAGGCCCUUUCCUGGGCACAGUCGAUAAGCGUGGCUGCAUGGAGGCAGUUCUUCAGCACUGGCCCAGCUGCAGGAGGUCUGGAGGCUCUGGCUGCAUGUGCUGCACGCUUCUCUCCUCGUGCGCCGCGUGAAUGGCACUUCCUCAUCUUGCUGCUUAAAAAGAUUCUGAAGUGGAGGACUAUAAGGCUGACUGUUCUUACAGGAGCAUAAAAGAGAUGUACUCGCAGAAUUGCAUACUGAUCCGAAGCAAAUUUAUUCCUCAAUAGCUCUAUAGAAUUGAGAGCUGCAUGAACUUCAGUCUAUUUGUACUUUCCUGAGGUUAUAAGAACUACUGGCUUUACUGCUUAAUUAAUAAUACAGGUAGAGUAAUUACAAUUCAGUCUCUUACUGGUUUUAUCCCUGCCACACCCAGAGAACAACACUUCCAGCUAAUGGGAGGAAUGCAAAGGAGGAAAGAGCCUUGGUUUUAUUACCAACUAAUUAAAUGCUCACUGUCCCUAUUUUUCAGUUCCUGCCUGAGGGAGCUGAUGAAGGUGAACCAUCUGAGGAGGGAAUCCAAGGGGGUCCUCCCGCAGGCAGCUGCCUCCGACAAGGACUGACCAGUCCCUGCGGCGAGGAAGGAUCCUUUAGAGCCAUCAUGGACAGAGCCCACCACCUGCACGCGGUGCUGGGAGCUUGGUGCCUGCAUCGGCUGCCUCACUCCAGUGAUGAAGAGUCCUACAGUGACCUGUACCGGAGGGUCUGCGAGGGGCUCAGCGACUCCUCCAAGGUUAUUGCCUUCGGCUUCAAGGGAGUGUCCCCCCGUCAUCGCCAUGUUUCCCCCUCAGUGGGGACUGCCUUCUCUACACAGCUAUUUCCUGGGGGCCUUUGCCAUCACUGUCCACGUCACAGGUGACACCAGCUCCUGCCAAAUCCUUUUGGAGCGCUGGAGCCCACCAGUGCAUCUCAGCAAAUAAGGGAUGAGUGAGUGAGGAACUGGGCAGGAACUCCCUGGAUGGCAGAGAGGAUAAAGGAGCUGCGUAUCAGAGACAGAUGGGGGGCUCUGAUGGGACAAGAGAGAGGGAAAGGGAGAUGAGGUGCUACAAGGUGAUACGGAGAUUGAGGAAGGUGUCUGUUCUAAAUCUUUAAAAAGAGGCAACUGAAUGUAACGGGGUUUUUCCCAAUAUUUAGACUGAAUGCUCUGAAGUACUUUAUUUCUGUCUGGCUUUCAGUGGCAUGUUUCCCCAGCAGCCCAGUAGCAUCUCUGUUGGGCAGUGCAGCUGGACAGAUGUCCUUCCUUCUUGUGUAGCACAAAAAACCAACCUGUAAUCAAAUUAUAGCUAUGUAUUUUGGAGAGUGUGUAAUGGUAUCAGUUCACAGCUGUGCAAGCUAAAUUACUGCCAGAGGAAAGUCAAAUGCUUUUAUAGUGUAAAUAUUUUUAUUUGGUGUAUGUAAACCUAACACACACCUUUUCAGCAAAAGGAAAGGGGCCAGGCAUUUCCCAACACCAUCCAGAGGGUUCACUUUUAUGCUCAGAACAUGCUCAAAAUGGCAUCAAUGAGUCUUAAUACUGACUUUAGGAAUUCAGAUUGCUGUCUUUUGAAGGCUGUGCUGUAUUUGGAGCCGAGCUGUUUCCCCAGAAUCCUCCUGUAGCUCAGCUCCUGUCCUGUCCCUCUGACGGAAUUCCUCUACUCUCUUCUGGGCUAUUUUUUAAAAUGCUGAGCUAUAAUUGGGGAUUUUUGUUUUCCAGGUGCCUGGUCGUAGGCGUCUCGUGUGGCUCAAGAGAUGCCCCAGCCCAGGUUUGCAGCUGGUGGCGGAGCCCCCCUGAGGGGAAGGGGCCAGGUGUUUUGGGCAUUUUUUGGGGGUGAAUAGAAGGAUGUCUGUGUGUCUCAGGGUUGCGAUGAUGUCAUUUGGGGUACCUCGAUGUCAUUGGGGCAGCGAUGAUGCAGUGGAGGAGCAGGUGAGUGGGGGACGUGGGGUUACGUGAGGGUGUCCCAAAAGAGGUGGUUCACAGCCCCAAAACAUCUGAAAAUCUUGGGAUGCAUUAAAAAAUGUGAAAACCUGUAACUAUGGGCGUGAGGCGUUGAAAUAGAGAAUGAUCUCUCAUUUAUAUAUGAGAAAUAUAUAUAUUGGGAAAUAAUAUUAUGUAUGUAAAAUAAGUUCAAAAUAAAAACAUCUAUGUCUAACGAUUCUAUGGUUCUGUGCUUCUGUGUUAUAUAAAAGAUCCUAGAAUAUAAAAAUAUUUUUAAAAAUAUAUUUAUAAAAAGAUAUUAGUGUCAAAAUAGAUGUGUAAGCAGACAGUCCAAAUAGAUAUUCUGUAUCAUAAAUGUUAAUGUAUAAGUCUAAGCAUAUUUUCUAUAUAAGUGCAAACAGGUAAUAUAAAUUCCCUGAAUAUAUAAUGUGUAAAUAAUUGAGGGGGUGCUGCCGCCCGGCGGCUGAAGGCUGGUCCUGCAGGUGUGCGCUGUGGCCCCGCCCCCGGCGGCGCUGUGCGUUGGUUCCGCAGCUCCUGCGCAUGCGCGGCUUCGCAGAGGCCGGUCUCGAGAGCGCGGCGGCCGGAGGGCGAACCAGGACCGCCGGGACUCCGUCGAGCUGCCCGCCGCCUCGAGCGCGAUCGGUGCAGCCCGCCCGGCCUCGAGAGUGGCCGUCGGCGCUCCAGUAUCGGCUCUUACGCGUUACCGUGCCCCAAUCAGUGCCCGGCAGUUUUCCGGGUGUCCAUUUCCAGGGCCCCUCAGUCCGCCGACGCGCGUCUCUAUGGCACUUUAGUCUUCCAGGACGCCCCUCAGUCAGCCGACGCGCGUCUCUAUGGCACUUUAGUCUUCCAGGACGCCCCUCAGUCAGCCGACGCGCCUCUCUAUGGCACUUUGGUCCUCCAGGACGCCGCUCAGUCAGCCGACGCGCCUCUCUAUGGCACUUUGGUCCUCCAGGACGCCGCUCAGUCCGCCGACGCGCCUCUCUAUGGCACUUUGGUCCUCCAGGGCGCCCCUCAGUCCGCCGACGCGCGUCUCUAUGGCACUUUGGUCCUCCAGGGCGCCCCUCAGUCCGCCGACGCGCCUCUCUAUGGCACUUUGGUCCUCCAGGGCGCCUCUCAGUCAGCCGACGCGCCUCUCUAUGGCACUUUGGUCCUCCAGGACGCCGCUCAGUCAGCCGACGCGCCUCUCUAUGGCACUUUGGUCCUCCAGGGCGCCGCUCAGUCAGCCGACGCGCCUCUCUAUGGCACUUUGGUCCUCCAGGGCGCCGCUCAGUCAGCCGACGCGCCUCUCUAUGGCACUUUGGUCCUCCAGGACGCCUCUCAGUCAGCCGACGCGCCUCUCUAUGGCACUUUGGUCCUCCAGGACGCCCCUCAGUCCGCCGACGCGCAUCUCUAUGGCACUUUGGUCCUCCAGGACGCCGCUCAGUCAGCCGACGCGCCUCUCUAUGGCACUUUGGUCCUCCAGGACGCCGCUCAGUCAGCCGACGCGCCUCUCUAUGGCACUUUGGUCCUCCAGGACGCCUCUCAGUCAGCCGACGCGCCUCUCUAUGGCACUUUGGUCCUCCAGGACGCCGCUCAGUCAGCCGACGCGCCUCUCUAUGGCACUUUGGUCCUCCAGGACGCCGCUCAGUCAGCCGACGCGCCUCUCUAUGGCACUUUGGUCCUCCAGGGCGCCUCUCAGUCAGCCGACGCGCCUCUCUAUGGCACUUUGGUCCUCCAGGACGCCGCUCAGUCAGCCGACGCGCCUCUCUAUGGCACUUUGGUCCUCCAGGGCGCCCCUCAGUCAGCCGACGCGCCUCUCUAUGGCACUUUGGUCCUCCAGGGCGCCCCUCAGUCAGCCGACGCGCCUCUCUAUGGCACUUUGGUCCUCCAGGGCGCCCCUCAGUCAGCCGACGCGCCUCUCUAUGGCACUUUGGUCCUCCAGGACGCCGCUCAGUCAGCCGACGCGCCUCUCUAUGGCACUUUGGUCCUCCAGGGCGCCCCUCAGUCAGCCGACGCGCCUCUCUAUGGCACUUUGGUCCUCCAGGGCGCCCCUCAGUCAGCCGACGCGCCUCUCUAUGGCACUUUGGUCCUCCAGGGCGCCCCUCAGUCAGCCGACGCGCCUCUCUAUGGCACUUUGGUCCUCCAGGGCGCCCCUCAGUCCGCCGACGCGCCUCUCUAUGGCACUUUGGUCCUCCAGGGCGCCCCUCAGUCCGCCGACGCGCCUCUCUAUGGCACUUUGGUCCUCCAGGGCGCCCCGCAGUCCGCCGACGCGCCUCUCUAUGGCACUUUGGUCCUCCAGGGCGCCCCGCAGUCCGCCGACGCUCGUCUCCACGGCACUUUAGCCCUCCAGGAGCCCAGAAGUGCCCGCUCAGUUCUCCGACGCGCGUCUCUAUAGCACUUUAGUCCUCCAGAAACCCUCUCAGUCCUCCCACGCACGUCUCUAUAGCACUUUAGUCCCCCAGGAUGCCCCUCAGUCCACCGACGCGCCUCUCUAUGGUACUUUAGUCCUCCAGGACGCCCCGCAGUCUGCCAACGUGCCUAUCCAUGGCGAUUUAGUCCUCCCAGGAUCCAGGAAGUGCUCAUCAGUCUUCUGGGAAUCACCUGCUUCCAGCACUCUUCUAAAACCAUAAAACACGAUUAACAAUUAACCACGAAAACAUCUGAAGAUCGCAAAAAUAAAGUGAUGCCUGCAGAACUCUCUUCUCUACAGCAAUAAGUAGACAGAACUCAAAAGCAGUAAGAGAAUCACCAGGGGCAAAUGCCUAAUGGAAAUAAAAAUGACUGUUGCUUUGCCUGCUGGGAACUUAAGGCAUAAGAAAAGGAGCUGCUGCUCCUGUGGCCGCC